GUCUUGUUGCCCUCCAACCUGGAGCCGGACCUCUGGUGCUAUGACUUCUGGGUGAUCCACUUUGUGGCAGCUGAGCUAAGGCACAUGGAGCAGGUCGCAGGGCGCAGCCUGAACCCCAAGAUCCAGACCGUGGCCAGACAGAUCCACUUCCUCCAGGACUGCAACAUCAGUGACCCCCUAGGCUGUACGCGACAGGGGCAGACAAACGUGUCGCAGCUGCUGGGCACCCUGAGCUACCACAUGGGAGAGCUGGAGACACAGGGGCAGCAGGAGCCAUGGCCUGUGAAGAUGAGCAAUUGCACCUAUGUGCGCUGCCGGACAGAUACCCCUGACCCCACAUCUGAGACGGCCUCACUACCAGCCCUGACCUACUCCAGGCAGAAGCAGGAGAGGACACUGGUGUCCAGGGCCAGCCCCCAGACUGGGGGGCUGGUCUUGCUAAUCUUGGUGCCCACUCUUUUGUGUCUGAGCUUUACCUUGUGGCAGCUCCGACAGAGGUUGUGGAGACAGAGGACCCAGGUGCCCGAGGAGAUGGGCACCUGAAUGGAAAGAGAACAGGACCUGAUAGGAAGCAAUGACUGGGGGUCACUAGAGCUGUCCCAGCUCCAGCCCCCAUGGGCUGCAGCCAGGCCAAGAAUGGGGGGAAAGAGCUCCUCUCCUUCUAUGGUGCCUCUCCCCUCCAUGGGCUGAGUUGGGGAGCUGGGAUCCCACCAGGGGCCUUACCCCUCAUCCCCUCCAGGGGCAUGGUGGCACCUGGAACCUGCAGCAGAAGACAUGGGUGCGGUACCCACCUCCAGUGACUAGGGGGCGUUGUGCUCAGGCCCCACCCAGGCCUUCCCUGUACAGAUUACUAUACUGUGUAUAUAGAUAAAUAGAUUUUUAUAUAAAAAUAUCUAUAUUUUAUA